CACAAAUAAUCAGACACAAAAUACAGGAAAAGAAAUAAAAAAGAAUAACCUUGGUUUUGAUUUGUAGUUGGAAGCAGAUAGGUUGGGCUUAGUUUCCAAUUCCAGGUAAUCAAAGCAUUAUCCAUCCAGGCAUCUCUCUCCACAGUCCCUCCACCCUUCCUAAGCAACAUGAAUCAGCACAUUCCAUUUUCUAUCACAGAACUCUGUCGGCUAUUUUUUAUUAAAUAAUCCGAAACUCUGUCCAUUCCUUUGAAAUGGCUUCAAGUUCAAGCCAUAAAUAACACCAGACCAGACCAGACGACUAUUUGCUUUGCUUCUUCUUCCUUCCUUUGAAAAAAGUCGUUAAUUUUUGCCGCCCCAAUAACUUUCUCCGCCAUUCCCUCUCAACUCACCUUCUUGCUCUCAAAAGAGUCUUCCUUUUGUCGAUUCGACGUAAAGUUCUGAGGUUUUGAAAAAUGGCCGGAUUCUCUCCUGUUGCUGCAGCUGCCGCGUCCGUCGUAGUUCUUGCAUUGUUGCUGACCGGUUUGCACUUUUGGAGGCGGCGGCGGCUUCUUAUUCAAUCACAAUCUGUUGAGACCUUACAGAGUGUGGAAAAUUCAUUACAGCAAUCUGGUUCUGGGACUGUGAAGCUUCAUCACCAAUCUGAAUCAGACGCCAAAAGGCGACUCAGUAAUUUUUACCCUUCUGGGGUUUCGCAAAAACGUUUGUUCAGUUGGAACGACAACCCUUCGCUUGUCAACGACGCCGUCGAAAAUGGAUGGACCCAAUUCGCUUUUACCGUCUCCAUUUCCUCUUCUCCAUCUUCAAGAUCCCGUUUGUUGGGUUUAUUUGCGGCCGGCGAGACCGAGAAGGAGAUCCCCGCGCCGGAGAUUAGCUGGGAAGUGAGUCAAGGAUCGGCCGAUUUUAUGCAGAAGAUAAGGCUUAAUUCCGGGUUUAAGAAGGCGAUUAACAACACCGUGUAUCCUUCUUCCCCUCCUUCCUCUGUUAUCAGAACUGCUCUGCCAUUACCCGGCCCUCCCCUGGCUUCUUUCCCCCAAGAAGCGUAUUUUGAGAUCACGAUUUUGAAUAUUUCUGGCGAGGAAAUUGAACCCAUUGCAACUGCAAAAGAGGGCAAGAGGAUUAAAUUGAUUCCCGAGAAUUAUAACUCGAAAACGAGUUCAGAGUCUCUGACUUAUUUUACAUCUAAUAACAGAGUUAGCAACGUCGAGGAAUCGAAGCUCAAUGCAAAAGACAUGGAAGAUGAAGCAGAAGAAGAUGCAAUGUUAUCCAUUGGGCUCACUUCCGGCGAAUCCACCGCUUCUAAAUUUCCCGGCAGCUAUCCCGGUAGCAUCGGAUUCAACUCUAAUGGCUCAGUCUAUCUCGAUGGAAUCAAAUUAGUGUUUGAAUCUGAGAAAGCAGACUGGGGAAGGGCGGAGAAGGUGAUCGGAUGUGGGUUCGAUCCAAAACAGAAGAAGGUGUUCUUCACGGUGGAUUCAGAGGUGGUGCACGUGAUCCAUUGCAAGUCAGAGGAAUUCGGAAGCCCAAUGUGUCCGAGUCUGGCGGGCAACGCCGACGUUACAGUGUUGGUAAAUCUGGGGCAAAGCGUGUUCAAAUACGUAGCAGCUCAAAGAACUCCAAAUCCUUGCUUUGUAAGUCCGCUUGUGAAUGUGGGCGGUGGUUGCCGUGGCAAUGGGUACGAAGAUAGCAGAGAGCUUUUCUCGAUGGGAAUGAUCGAUUCGCAGUGGUUUAAUCGGGCCUCUCCAAAACCCACCAAUAACCUCGUUGUUGAUCAUCGAGAGGACGACGAACUGUCCGAUGAAAUUGAACUGUUUGAAAUCGUCGUCGAAGAUGAACAAGUAAAAAGAUUUCCCCGUUUCUAAUGGGGUUUUUUUCUUUUGAAUUUCUCGCAGCCUAUUUGGAGAUGGUGUUUGUUAAUAUGAGCAAGCUGAGAAUCGACGUGUGUUGCCUUA